AUGCUGCGCUGCUUGAUCUUGCUGGCAAUCGGAGUUUUCCUGGUGAUCCGUAUUCUCGGUAUCCGUGGGGAUUGCAAUGUGUGUGCCUCCGUUAGCAAUGUGGCCUGUAUAUCGAACACCUCAUUUCAAUUCUGCUCCAGCAGCGCAUUACCUGCUGGUCCCGUUUACACGUGUCCCACGGGUUAUUAUUGCACCGCAAAUGACGUAACGUGCAAUACAGACGUGGCCCAAAGAUCCUGUAUAGGUUGUGGCACCUGCGAUAGUGGCAAUACAUUUGCCUGCCUCACUGCAAGGACAUUUGCCCUGUGCCUGGGAACAUCGACUCCUUCCCAGAUCGUCGGAAGUUGUGGCUCGAGCUAUGUAUGUGAUUUUAAUAAUCCGUAUAUUUGUGGUAGUCCAGCGGCAGGAUCACAGGCCACUUGUCCGGGUGACGGUAGUGGUACUGGACUGGAUGUUACGUCAACGACACCCACCACCUAUUGUUCCAUCGUCCAGCAGCACGGAAGAUUUCCCUACGGCAUUGAUCUCAACACAACCUGCAGACAGUACAUAUAUUGUUAUCUCAAUGCAACUAACUGGGCAGGAGGCCUCUACUAUUGUCCUGGACAAACUUACUUCAAUAGCUCAUCGGGGUAUUGUGGCACCGAAGUGCCAGCCAGGUGCACUAAUGGAAUUACCAGCUUGACACUUACCAUCACAUAA